CGACCUAACCGGCGGAGAGGCAAUCCGGCCCGACUGGCAGCACUGAAUCCGAGUGUAAAUGUAUAAUAACCUUCAUCGAGGUGUACUAUUUUUGCGAAAAUACAUUUAAAUCAAUUAUAAAUAAUGUUACCUCUAACUUUGUUAAAAACAGCACAAAAUCACCCCAUGCUGGUGGAGCUGAAAAAUGGAGAAACAUACAAUGGUCAUUUAGUUAGUUGUGACAAUUGGAUGAAUAUAAACCUUAGAGAAGUUAUAUGUACAUCAAGAGAUGGUGACAAGUUCUGGAGGAUGCCAGAAUGUUAUAUCAGAGGCAGCACAAUUAAGUAUCUAAGGAUUCCAGAUGAAGUAAUAGACAUGGUAAAGGAAGAUAUACAAAUGAAAUCAAGGGGACGUGGUGAAAUGAAAGGUCGAGGCCAGAGUCAAAGAGGACGUGGUGGUGGAAGAGGCACCUUUGGCAGAGGAGGAAGAGGUCCAGCACCAUUGGGUCGUGGAGGUGGCACACAAGUUGGAAAUAAACCACAAAAUAAACCAAGAUCUAAAUAAAA